UCUCUCUUCUAAUGGCGACCGCCGGUGCCACCGCCCGUGAGAUUGGAAACUCAGACAAUAAACAGCCUCGAUCGAUAUUUGACUUGACGGCGGAUUUCUUUGACUCGUGUCGGUUAUCCAAUCCUUCGGAGACUCUAUCUACGUAUCUCCGGUCCAGACCACCGGCUUUCGAUCCGGAGGAGGCGGCUUCCAAGGACGGCGUGAUUCUGGAUAGAUGGACCUGUAAUACUUGUAAAAUUGACUUCUCUUCUCUUCAAGAUCAGCGCUCCCACUUCAAGUCCGAUAUUCAUCGCCUUAACAUCAAGCUGAGUGUUGCUGGCAAGGCUAUUUUGAGAGAAGAAGAUGUUGAUGAGUUGACGUCUGAGUCAGUCCAAGACUACGAUGUCUCUAGUAUAUCAGGAUCAGAGGACGAAGCUGAGACUAGACCCUCACUCCACUUUGAUCCUCAAAAGGGUAUUGAUAAAAAGAAGCUUUUUAUCCGUCUUCAAACUGGUGACAAAGUUUCCAUCUGGAAAAGCUUAAUCAUGGACGACGCUGAGAGGGUUUCCUUCCAGAAUGACGGAGGAGAUGAUUGUGGGAUCUUGGGCGACAUUGAAGUGACUGAGAGGCUCACAAAUUUGAUUCCGGAGAAUACGGAUCAUGGGCUAAUGUGUGUCGUGUUGCUCGCUAGUGGUGGCCACUUUGCCGGUACUGUCUUUAGUGGAAAGUCCGUUGUGGCUCAUAAGACAUUCCACAGAUAUGUUGUAAGAGCCAAGGCUGGUAAAAAGCAGUCCACAAAAGAUGGAAGCGGAAGGAGUAUACACUCGGCAGGUGCCUCACUUCGUCGUUACAACGAACUUGCUUUAAAAAAGGAUAUUCAAGAGCUACUUGCUAGCUGGAAGCCUUAUUUUGAUGGUGCUGCUUGUGUUUUUGUCCAUGCUCCCUCAAGUAGUAGGCAAUUACUCUUCAAUGGAGGCAAACCGUACUUUAGCAAUCAAAACUGUGCUGUACGAAACGUUCCAUUUACUAUUCGACGGCCAACCUUCAAGGAAUCACAGCGGAUAUAUAAUCAGUUGACGCAGAUUGCAUAUGUAACUGAGCAGAUUUUUGUUAAUCAACCAGAAGACACCAAAGCCAAUACAGUGGUGCAGACCCAUUAUGAGGAUUCUGGGGAAACCUCAAGAAAGGACGAGCGCGAUGAAACGUCUUCUACUACCAUAAUCUUAGAGGAACCAAAUCGUAUGGAAGAAAAUCUCGGGGAUGGAGUGACUGGUACGUCAACACCUUUACAUGAAGCAGCUAAAUCUGGUGAUUCUGAAAGAGUUCUGGAGUUAUUGGAUGAGGGUAUGGAUCCUUGUGCUAAGGAUGAAAGAGGCAGAACGCCAUACUUGCUUGCAAAUGAGAAGGAAGUGAGAAACACUUUUAGACGGUUUAUGGCGUCAAACCUUGAAAAGUGGAAUUGGCAUGAUGCUAACGUACCCAGCCCGCUCACCAAAGAGAUGGAGGAAUCGCAAGCUGCCAAGCAGGCAGAAAAAGACGCCAAGCAGAAAGCAAGAGCAAAAGAGUUGAAGAAAUUACGGAAAGCCCGAGAAAAGAAGGCUCAAGCAGAAGCUGCGCAGGCUGAGAAGGAGAAGCCAAUCUCUAAAGUGGAGGAAGUGAGGAGAGCAAUGGCAGCCCAGAGGGAAAAGAGAGCAGCCGCUGCAGAAAGACGGAUGGCAUCACUUAGCAUUCAGAGCAGUUCAACGACAAUGUAAUUUCCAAGAAAGUUUUGAGUGAGAUUAGGUAAAGAGGAGAAAAGUUUGAAAAACUAGAAAAACAAGAAGAAGUGAGAGUAUCAAAAUUACCGACUCAAUUAUUGAUUGGGUCACAAAUUUGUUUCUAAAAGGCCCGUUUAGACCACAAACCGACUCCUGAAUAUUUCGAUAUAUACAGUAUAUGCUUGUAGCUUUUCUUUUCAUAUCAGAGUGGUUGCAGAAUCGAUAUGAAACCGCAAAGAAGAAAGAGUAGCGGCACCGCUGGCCGGAGGACGAAGGAAGGUGAAGGCGAUAAUAUUGGUUUCGAUUUCAACUCCGUCACUGCUGAAGGUGAAGGCGAUAGUAGUUGUUUCAAUCUCAGUUCCGUAAAGCUAGCAAUUAACGAUGUCGAUUCUUUACAAUAAUUGUAUACUCGGAUUACAAUAAUAAAAACGCUUUCUUCA